ACGCCCCCGUUAGCAACUUGUGGCUAGCUCGUUACCGAGGAAGGCAGAGUGCAUCGAGGGAUCUUCUUCUGUCACCACCCAGCGUUAAAGACUGUCCGCUCGUACAUAUUUCUGUCAGUGAAGUCCAGAUGCAUGAGUCCCAGUCAGAUCCAGCAGGACACACCGUACAAGCAAUCCACAUAGAAAGCAGAAAUCCUACUGAGAAUGAGAGUCGACUGAAGAGCAGCCAGACUCCUCCUCCUCCUCCAGAGGUCCCAGGGGUUCCAGUGUCAUCUAUGAUGACCCCACCUGCCGAAGCUCCACAACUGCAGCAGGCACCACAGCAGCAAGUCCUCAGUCCUCAGCAGAUCCAAGCGCUGGUCCAGCAGCAGAAGGCCCUUAUGUUACACCAGCAACAAAUUCAGGAGGUCUUCAAGAAUCAGCAAGAGCAGAUAAAUAUGCAGCUGCUGCAACAGAAGAAUGCUGGAAUAGUUACUCAAGAGCUCACAGCCCAGCAGAUUGCCAUUCAGCAGCAGCUUCUUCAGGUGCAGCAGCAGCAUCUGCUCAACCUGCAGAGGCAAGGGCUGUUGUCUGUGCUUCCCAUGAACCCCACUGUAGCCCCAGGUUCUGAUAACAGCAGCGUUCUCUCUGCUGCUGGAGAUAUUAGAGAGUCUUCCAGCCAAUCUACCACUAAUGGUCAUCACACUCUUCUGAAGAGGAAAGAAAGUGGUGCCCAGGAUGAAACCUCACAGAACAGCCAUCCUCUGUAUGGAAACGGCAUGUGCAAAUGGCCUGGCUGUGAAACUGUUUUUGGAGACUUUCAGGCAUUUAUGAAACAUUUAAACAGCGAUCAUACGCUUGAUGACAAGAGUACUGCGCAGUGCCGUGUACAGAUGCAGGUCGUUCAACAGCUGGAGCUGCAGCUGAAAAAAGACAAAGAGCGACUGCAAGCUAUGAUGGCUCAUCUCAAAUCCUCUGAACCCAAACCUGCAGCUCAGCCUGUGAAUCUCAUUUCGAAUGUGUCUUUUGCCCCGGCGACAUUGCCCAAAGGACCUCCUCCUAUGAGUCUGUCUCAGAGUGCCACAACCCCCUCAACACCCCUGACGCCGCUCUCUGAACCCCCCUCAGUCCUCACUCCCAAUAGCAUGUUCACUAGCACUCCGGUACGGAGGAGAUACAGCCGCUCUGUGAGCCAAGAUAUAAUUGAUAAUAAAGAGUUCUACUUGAGCACAGAGGUUAGACCUCCAUUUACAUACGCCUCUCUCAUAAGACAGGCUAUAUUUGAAUCACCCCGCAAUCAGCUGACGUUAAAUGAAAUCUACAACUGGUUCACUAGAAACUUUGCGUAUUUCAGGCGCAAUGCAGCUACUUGGAAGAAUGCUGUCAGACACAACCUAAGUCUACAUAAGUGUUUUGUGCGCCUGGAGAAUGUGAAAGGAGCCGUGUGGACAGUAGAUGAGAUCGAGUUCCACCGAAGGCGGCCUCAGAAAGCGGCUGCCAAUGGAUCUCUGCUGAAAAAUUCUCAAAAUCCCCAGACUUUACCCAGCUCUGCUCUUCAGAAUGCUGGUCUAGACGGAAACAACGCUCUCUACAACUCAGCCUCAAUAGGUAGCAUCCCCCUACACUCCUUGCCUCAUGUUCUCCAGGAGCAGAUGAAUGGCGCCCUGGCUAACGGAUGUGGAUACCAAAGUGACAGCAGUGCAACACAGUCCCCUCCUCAGGCUUUUAUCAAAGAAGAGCAAGAGGAUGAGGAGAUCAGUGAAAAUUAUCCAUACGAGUCUCCAGAGAGCACCGAUGAACAAGGCCACAGUCCUGAACUGCUCCAGGGGGAAGUCAGCGGCAGCCCAGAGAGAUCGGAGCUUCAUUUCAAUCGUGUGCCUUCUCUCUGAUGAUGAGGUCCAACUUGUCCACAGCAGCACCAACUCACUCAGAACCUAUGUGACUUGGUAUUCCAAAAAGCAACAGCUUCAUCUAUGUAACCAAACACUCUGUACUUUAGAGUUUUUUUUUUCUUUUGAUAUUUUUGAGUAUUUGUUUUCGUUUGUUUGGUAAUCUAGCUCUCGGCUGUUUUUGUACAGGUGAUGAGAACACAGUAAGACGUUUGUAAAACUGUUAGUAAUUAUUCUCAUUUUACAGUUUAUCUCAUCACCAAAAUGACCAUGAUGAGCGGAGAAGCCAAAGGAAAGGGAACACUGAUAGUUAGCACUUCACAAUGAAAGUUCCCCUGUUUUAACUGCAGCUUUGUGCUGCGCUGGGGCCACACUACCUGAAUUUAUUUUAGUAAUCAUUAUAUAUACAAAGAUUUGUAGAGAACAUAAGAAAAUGUUGCUAUAAAAAAAACCAAAAAUGUUCACUGCCAACAUGAUCUGAUAUAUUUGUAUUGAAGGUAUAAUCAAUCCAGCUGAUCAAAAGGAUACACUGCUUCUUUCUAUUUCACCCCUUUCAUAAACAUUGCAAAAUAAAAACAGAUUUUAUCAUUAUUGUUAACCAAUGCAUCUCUAUGUAUAUUAAAUUGAUCAUGAUCUAU